GUUGUACUUUGAUGCGGGACAAACAAAUAUUGUAAUGUUUAUUCGUACCUACGGACAGCCUAGAACACUUGUCAAUCGAAUCAGAACAUGCAGGAAGAACAGCAGCAGCAGCAACAACAACAAGACGAAGAAGAUGGAUUCAGUGAAUACGGAUACAAUUACAAGGACACUUCAUACUUCAAAUAAUGCAAGAAAUUAUGAUAGAUGUUCACUUGGCUCGAUUGGACGAAAGGAUAUACAAACAUGUUAUCAAAGUGCAAUUUAUGAUUCUGUAUUUAAUUUGCUCAAAAAGGAUGACAGUGACGUGAUUGACGCCCAUGAUUUAAUUGAACUAAUUAAUAAGGCUGGUAUCUCGUUAGACGAUCCUAGACUGGCCGAGUUUACAAAGGCGUUAAAAGAACUUCAAGGAAGUAAAACCAGCCAAAAUAUGAUUCAGAGUAAAUCAUUAACAUUGGACAGAGAGAAAUUUGAAAUCGUUGCUAAAGACAGUCUCCACAUGUUAAUACGUAUUAUGACGAAUGAUUUUUGUAUCCCAGAUUUUCAAUCAUUUGAAAAUGAAAUUGUAACAAUCUUCAAUGCAUGUAAAACUAUUAAAACAGGGAAAGUGGCAAGUUAUAUUCCAGAAUUAGCACAAGUUAAUCCAAAUUAUUGGGGUUUAUCAUUAUGCACAGUGGAUGGACAACGGUUAUCUAUGGGUGAUAGUAAUGUACCAUUCACAAUGCAGUCAAGCAGUAAACCAGUCACUUAUGCAAUAGCCUUGACCGAUUUGGGUCCAGAAUACGUUCAUCAGUAUGUUGGAUAUGAACCGUCUGGUCUACCGUUUAAUCAAAUUUCCUUGAAUCAUAAAAAUAGACCGCACAAUCCAUUGAUCAAUUCAGGAGCUUUAGCAGUUUGUAGUUUAAUCCAACCACAUUUAAGUCCUCCGGAGCGUUUCAAGUAUGUUGAAGGCAAAUUCAGUCAAAUGGCUGGUGGAUUACCAAUGGGUUUUAAUAAUGCUGUCUUUUUAUCCGAACGUGCUACAGCUGAUCGUAAUUUCGCCAUCGCAUAUUAUAUGCGUGAGAACAAAUGUUUCCCGCCACCGUUCGAAUUGCGUGAAUUAAUGGAUUUCUACUUUCAAUUGUGUUCAAUUGAAGUCAAUUGUGAAUCUAUUGCUAUAAUGGCUGGCACGCUGGCUAAUGGUGGAAUUAAUCCGUUGACUGGUGAAACUGUUGUCAGUGCUGCUGCUGCCCGUGAUACUCUGUCAGUUAUGCAUUCAUGUGGAAUGUAUGAUUAUUCGGGACAAUUUGCAUUCAAGGUUGGUUUACCGUGUAAAUCUGGUGUUUCUGGUGUCAUCAUGGUUGUUGUACCAAAUCUACUCGGUUUAGCUUUAUGGUCACCGCCUAUUGAUCGACAUGGGAAUUCAGCUAAAGGCAUACACUUUUGUGAAGAACUUGUUCAACGAUUUAUUUUUCAUCAUUACGAGAGUCAUUUACAUUAUGAUAAAAAAAUUGAUCCAAGAAAACCGAGAGAUUCUUAUCGUACAGAUGCGAUUACAUCAUUACUGUUUGCAGCUGGUAACAAUGAUUUGGCAACGCUUAGAAGAAGUUACAUUCAUGGCGUAGAUUUCAAUUCAGUCGAUUAUGAUGGGCGGACUGGUCUACAUGUAGCUGCAAGUUCUGGUUCACUAGAUGCUGUGAGAUUUUUCAUUGAAGUUGGUAAUGCUAAAUUAGAUCCAGUUGAUCGUUGGGGUCAUACACCCCUAUCAGAUGCUAAAUUGUUUGGACAUACUCAGAUUGUUGAAUAUUUAGAAAAAAUAAUAAGUCAACAAGCUGAAAGUAGCACUUAUCCUACAAACUUCUAUCAAAUUGCAUAAUAUAUAUAUAUACUUCAAUGUAGUGAAUGUGAGACGACCACCUUCCCUCUGUCACUCCCUUUUGCUCUCGCUCUAUCUCUAUCUCUCUCUUGCUUCAAAUAUACGUAGCACACACACGCUCGCUAAACCACAGAGUAUUCAGACGGAUGGAUGAAUGGAUGGUAAUGUGUUGUAUAUGCAUGGAUUUCCGGCGUUUGAAGUGCGCGCGCGUGGUUUGUUUGAGUUUGUUUUAAUAACUGUUUCAAUGUUUCAAUGAAUAUUGUUGAGACAAGAUUUAAACAAAUACCGAUGAUCUGUAUAUGUGUGUGUGUGUGUGUGAGUUAGCUUCAUUGAGUUCAGUCUAUCUAUUUUUUGAACUUACUAAUUAUUAUUACUCAAGAAUUGAUCGUUUCAUUUUGUUUCAUUAUGCCUUAUGAUGAAUGCAUGAAUAGAGUGUUUAGUAUGAAGGUUUAAUGCGUAUCCUUGUCGUCUUAGAAAAUAUUUCCCAAUGUGCUUUUAUAUGAAUUCUUUAUCAUUUGAGAGACUUUUUGCUUUUUAUAUAUUUUCUUGUUAACAUAUCUAUUUAUUCUAAUUUUAUCAUACUACUUAAAUGUCUAAAUUAGUAGUAUUAAAAAUGAAUGUAGAAUUAUUUACUAUAUAAAAUAAACAACGACAGCUGAAGCGCGCUGAUUCAGACAAUUGAAAUCAAACUUUUUAUUUU